CUGUUAAGAAGACUAUCAAUUUGUAGUAUAAAUCUAGAGUUUCCUACUCAACUAUGCAACACAAGUCUUUAGUUCUAUCCUCCUCUUCUCCAAGUUAAGUUGGUUGCAAAAGCAAAUGAGAAGCUUUGGAAAUUUGGGGCAAUGGCCUCUACUUGCAUUUGCUUUGGCAAUUUGCUUUGUAGCCAGCACUGUUGUUGCUGACUACUCUUAUGACUAUACUUCUCAUUCACCUUCUUACAACUCUAAGAAAGACCACGAAUCACCUUCACCAUACUACAAGAAACCGGAAAAACAUGUUCCAUCACAUUACUAUUACAAGUCACAUGCUCCUUCAAAACACUACUAUAAGGCACCUAUUGUUGCAAAGUAUUACAAGUCACAUGCUCCUUCAAAGCACUACUACAAGGCACCUAUUGUUACGAAGUAUUACAGGUCGCAUGCUCCUUCAAAGCACUACUACAAGGCACCCGUUGUGGCAAAGUAUUACAAGUCACCUGCUCCUUCGAAACAAUACUACAAGGCACCGGUGGUAGUGAAGUAUUACAAGUCACCAGCUCCUUCAAAGAAUUACUACAAGGCACCAACUCCUUCAAAGUACUACUACAAAUCGCCAGCUCCUUCAAAGUACUACUACAAGUCGCCAUCACCUGCAAAGUACUACAAGUCGCCUGCUCCAUCAAAGCACUAUUACUACAAGUCCCCGUCCCCUUCAAAAUAUUACAAAUCACCCGCUCCUUAUAAAUACUAUAAAUCACCAGCACCACAAAAAUAUUACAAGUCGCCUGUUUACUACAAGUCUCCUCCACCACCAACAACUUAUUACGAGAAAUCACCUUCUUACUACAAAUCCCCUCCCCCUCCACCAUACUACAAAGAAUCCACCCCUUACUACAAAUCCCCUCCACCUCCCCCAUACUACAAAGAAUCUACACCUUCCUAUAAAUCACCUCCCCCUCCACCAAAGUACUAUGAGCAAUCGCCUACAAAAUACAACUCACCACCUCCACCAUCACCAAUCUAUUAUUAGCAAACUCCCACCUAUUCCUCGCCAACGUACCACUAAACAUUCAAUAACUCUACUGUUCCCAUGAUUUUUACGGUCUAUUUUGAUUCCAUUUCCCUUCCAAAAUUUUAAUGUAUGUUAGUCGAAAUGAUUGACUUUAUUUAUCGUGUGUUCCAUAUUAUUUUGUUCAAAUAAUUUAUAUGAUGUAUUACUUGAGAAUUAAUUAAGUAUUCCUCAUUGUAUCAAGAUUAAUAGUUUGUUAUUUAUCUUCUCUUCUUUGUGUAAUAAUUUUGUAUUCAAAUUAUUAAAUGAAUGAGGUGGUAUUGUCC